CUUAGGUAGGUCAGCCAGAGCAGCCUGCAGGCUUUUAUUGUGAAAAGCAGAGGGGAGUGAAGUCCACAGCUGUGCAGUUACAUAAAGUUUAUGUUCCAUGUGAAGUUUUCUGACACCUGAAGAUUAUCACGUAGAUGACGGCGACGGCUAUAAGAGCGGCUGCUCAGCGUCCUGCAGUGCAGUCUGGGAAAAACCCGAGAAGUCAAGCAUGCAGUCCAUAAUUGCAAGGAACGGAGUGGAAACACCAGAGCCGCUGAAAGCUCAAGUGGAAGGCUCCAUCCCGUCCUGGCUGCAGGGGACUCUGCUGAGGAACGGGCCUGGACUUUUCUCCGUGGGCAGCUCCCAGUACAACCACUGGUUUGACGGCCUGUCGCUGAUCCACAGCUUCACCUUCUGCAACGGUGAGGUGACCUACAGGAGUAAGUUUCUGAAGAGCGAAACCUACAAAAGGAACAUCAAGGCCGACCGCAUCGUCGUCUCUGAGUUUGGGACCAUGGUCUACCCAGAUCCCUGCAAAAACAUCUUUUCCAGGGCUUUCACACACCUCUGUAAUAUCAUCCCUGACUUCACUGACAACAACUUGAUCAACAUCAUCCGCUACGGUCGGGACUACUACGCCUCCUCUGAGGUCAACUACAUGAACCAGAUUGAUCCUGCUACCCUGGAGACUGUUGGCAGGAUUAACUACAGGAACCACAUCGCUCUGAACUUGGCGACGGCUCACCCUCACUACGAUGAUGAGGGCAACACCUACAACAUGGGCACCGCCAUCAUGGGCUUAGGUCGGCCAAAAUACGUCAUCUUCAAGGUCCCGUUUGAAGCUUCAGAUAAAGAACACAAGAAGCCGGCGCUGAGGAAAGUCCAGCAGGUCUGCUCGGUUCCCUUUCGUUCCUCUCUGUUCCCGAGCUACUUCCACAGCUUUGGCAUGACCGACAACUACAUCGUGUUCGUGGAGCAGCCCUUUAAACUGGACGUGGUCAAACUGGCCACGGCCUACUUCAGAGGGGUCAACUGGGGAGGCUGCCUCAAGUUCGAUAAGGACGAUGUCACUCUGUUUCACCUCAUCAACAAAAAGACAGGAAAGACAGUGUCCACUCGUUUCUAUGGCGACGCCCUGGUGGUUUUUCAUCACAUCAAUGCGUACGAGGAUGACGGGCACGUGGUUUUCGACCUGAUCAGCUACAAGGACAGCAAAUUGUAUGACAUGUUCUACAUCGAGAACAUGAGACAGGAGACCAGCAACUUCAUCCAGUCCAACAAGACCUUCUCCCCGCCAGUCUGCAAGAGGUUCGUCCUGCCUCUCAACGUCAGCCGGGAAUCUCCCAAAGGCUCAAACUUGGUGACUCUGACGGACACGACGGCGCAGGCGCUGAUGCAGGAGGACGGCUCGAUCUACUGCCUGCCAGACAAUCUGUUUGAAGGGCUGGAGCUGCCAGGAAUCAACUACGACUUCAACGCUAAGAAGUACAGGUACUUCUACGGCUCCAGGGUGGAGUGGUCUCCUCAUCCCAACAAGAUCGCCAAGUUUGACAUCGUCAGCAGGAAGCACAUCGAGUGGCACCAGGAGUCCUGCUACCCCUCAGAGCCUGUGUUUGUUGCCUCUCCAGGAGCUGUGGACGAAGACGAUGGGGUGAUCCUAUCGUCCGUCGUCUCUCCGGAUCCCGACAUCUCUCCGUUCAUGCUCGUCCUCGACGCCAAGAGCUUCAAGGAAAUCGCCCGAGCCUCCAUCCCCGCCAGUGUCCACAUCGACCUUCAUGGACUCUUCAUCCCCGCCGCCGUCUGACAGCCAGCACGGCGGAUGCACUGGUUAUUUAUUCCUUUGUGCAAAUCCUGUACGAUUCUGCUUCUCUAAUGUUAGUUAACCUUAAGCUUUCUGCUCUGUGGACACGCAGCCUGCAGUUCAGCCCACGUUUCACUGAGCGACUGGUCACAUGACCCACGGUCAUGUGUUGAGCAGUUGAUACAGGAAGACAGGAAGUUUGGUCACGUUUGACUGUUCUCCCUGGCGUUAAUCACACGCUUGAGGACCAUCAGAAACACUGAUGACUGGUGUGCUGGCAGAUCCUGAAGGAUUAACUUUGAUUUAAGGGACUAUUUAACGUUAACAGGCAGAAUUACAUUUCCUGACACCCUCCACCCUUCUUCUCUUCAGCGCCCUCUUCAGGACAGAGUUUUUAAAGGUAAAUGUUUUGCUUUGCUUGUUUUGCCAUCCUUUUGUGUUUAACUGAAAGCUGAAGGUUUGAUGUGUUGACGGUUUCACACCAAAGCUUUACAGAUUUUAAUAAAUCCAUCAGCUGCUUAACGACCAACAAACACAUCAGCCUUUUGUCUGG